GGAGGAGGAGGAGGUGGAAGGAGGAAUGUUAGAGGAGGAGGACUUGGAGGAGUUGAGGUCCCAGGUGUUGCAGCUGGUGUUGGAGCUGGAGGAGGCCAGGGAGGUGUCUCAACAACAUGAAGAGAGCUUCAUGGAGCUCCAGGGUCUGUUGGAAGACGAGCGUCUGGCUAGUGCUCACCAGGCAGAGAGCUUUACCAGACAGAUCCAGAGACUGCAAGGUAGACASGCACGCAAGCGUGUAUGCGCACACACAAACAUGCACCCAAGUGCACACACCAUUAUACACAACCUUCAGGCGGGGGAGGAGGCAGCAGCGGAGAGGGAGAACGACAUCGCCUCCCUGCAGGAGGAGCUGUGUCGUCUGAGGGCCGAGCUGCAGCGUCUCCGCWCCACGGCCCAAGAGUACGAGCUGGAGAUCACCACCCUGCGGGCCGAAAUCAGUAUGAAGAGCAUGAGGAGGGAGGGAGAGACUGACGGUGAGGUAAGCCAGCUGACGGCGGAGUGUCAUACCAUUUCAGAYGAGUGUCAGGCCCUGAAGGACGAAAACAAACAGCUGAGCCACAAACUGCAGCAGCUGCAGCAGCAGCGAGCCGGAUCAUCUAUCAUAACUUUUUGUCUGGGGUCUGAUGUGUCAGUAACAAGCUGUCAGUCCACAGAUAAGACAAGAUCACACAGCUCCAAUGAUGUCUACCUGGCCUUGAGAGGGGAGGGGGACGAAGACCAGAAGGAUGAGGGUGUUGGGCAGGAUGAGGAAUCAGUGAAAGCUGGAGGCUACAUGACCCUGUCCCAGACCCACGGUGKGCAGACCCAGACUGGGCAAGGUGGGCGCUUGGUGGAUGCAUCCAUCCAGAAGAACAUCUCGUUUGAUGGCAAGCCCAUCACCAAUUGGAACGGGGGACCCACUGAAGUCUUCUCCCUACGAGACCAACUCAAACUGGCUGAGGAGAGGGCCUCGCAAGUACAGAGACAAUGUGAAGGGUUGAAGGGGGAGCUUACGGAACUUCAGGGGCUGUUUGACUGCAGCCAGAAGGAGAGGGUUGAGCUGGAGCAGGAACUGCAUCACUGCAGGGUGGAGCUAGAGAGGCUGGGCGGCAGGAAGUCACAGAACUGCACUCCUCCGUCUGAGCCCCCUGUUCUCUCCAUCCCCUUCAUAGGAAUGAUUGUAAUAAUGGCCCUGAUAUGGUGCUGGUGGGAGGAGCUGGCGUCCUAGAGGGGACCAGGAGRGCGAGGGAGGCUGGAACCUGGUGGCGGUGGUUGCCGUGGCAGUGCUUGUAGUCCUGAUAGUCCCCAGCCUUUCCAGAGCG